UUGGCGCCCUCUUCUCUUCUCCCAUAACUAUGCUCUCAUCUUUUGCUCUUUUGCGUCAUGUUGUCUACUUGUCUACCGUCUGUUCUUCCUUCAUUUACUAGCAAACUAGAUAAGCUAGCUACCUAGGCUAGCUGUUGCCAUGCCCAUCAUCUCCUCCUGCAAUAAACCCCAAGGUCAGAAUUUGAGGUGAAAACACUGGAAGUAUGGCACUGGCUGGACGUUCAAUUUUCCUGUCCCAUAAUGAUAGUAUUGGCAAUACAUGUAUCAGGUUGGGACUUACAAGUGACGAAAGGUUUCAGAAGAGAAGGAUGGUUGGUUUUCAUGUGGUUGUGAAAUUUCCCUCCAAUAGAAGAAAAUCAAGAUACUCCCAAUUCAUUAGGUCUAAAAGAAACUUUUGUGUUUUGGGGUCAAAAUGCUCUUCACUGCUCUCUAGCAAGACAGAGGAGGCUUUCUCAAAAUGUAGCACGAGAACUAGUGAACCUGAGAUGAAACGAGUAAUCAAUUUUCUGCUUGAAGAAGCAUCAAGUUGCAUUAAAGAGUGGAGCCGGUUACAUUUCAUGAAAGUAGCUGGUUUGCUGGCAUGCACUUUCAUGAUCAUGCCAUCAGCCAAUGCCACCGAUGCUCUCAAAACUUGUGCCUGCUUACUUAAGGAAUGCAGGGUAGAACUUGCCAAGUGUAUUGGAAACCCGUCGUGUGCUGCCAAUAUUGCUUGUCUGCAAACUUGCAAUAAUCGACCUGAUGAGACUGAAUGCCAGAUUAAAUGUGGGGACCUGUUUGAAAACAGUGUCGUAGAUGAAUUUAAUGAAUGCGCAGUGUCGCGAAAGAAGUGUGUACCUAAGAAAUCUGAUGUGGGAGAAUUUCCCAUCCCAGAUCCGGCUGUUCUUGUUAAAAGCUUUGAUAUUGAAAAAUUUAAUGGAAAGUGGUUCAUUACAAGUGGCUUGAAUCCUACCUUUGAUGCAUUUGAUUGCCAGUUGCAUGAAUUCCAUACAGAAUCUAGCAAACUUGUGGGGAAUUUGUCUUGGAGAAUACGAACCCCGGAUGGUGGCUUUUUCACUAGAUCAGCUGUGCAGAAAUUCGUGCAAGACCCAAAUCAGCCUGGAAUACUUUACAAUCAUGACAAUGACUAUCUUCACUAUCAAGAUGACUGGUAUAUUCUAUCGUCCAAGAUGGAGAAUAAACCGGAUGACUACAUAUUUGUGUACUACCGUGGAAGGAAUGAUGCAUGGGAUGGCUACGGCGGUGCUGUGAUAUACACAAGGAGUUCAGUUUUGCCAGCAAGCAUUGUUCCUGACCUUGAAAAAGCAGCUGCAAGUGUGGGAAGGGACUUUAGCAAGUUUAUCAGAACAGAUAAUACUUGUGGCCCUGAGCCUCCUCUUGUAGAGAGGUUGGAGAAGACACUUGAAGAAGGGGAAAAGAACAUUAUAGAGGAAGUCAAACAGUUAGAAGGGGAAGUUGAGAAGGUUGAACAGACUGAGUUGACAUUGUUGCAAAAGUUAGCUGAAGGGUUUAACGAGCUUAAACAAGAUGAGGAGAAUUUCUUGAGAGGGCUUAGCAAAGAAGAGAUGGAUAUAUUGAGCGAGCUAAAAAUGGAAGCAGGUGAAGUAGAAAAGCUUUUUGGACAAACACUUCCACUUAGGAAGCUAAGAUAGUUGAAAGGGUUUGUCUUCUUGUUUAUAGUUAUACCAUAUCGUUAUUUAUGUAUUACUUUUCUUUUAGAAUGCAAGCUGAUAUUACAUAC